AUGCAUGUUUUGUUUACGUUUUCACCAGAACCGUGUGGUUCGGCGAUAUGAAUGGAACGAGUGUCUCCUGCUAAACGGGGGCGACCGAGUUCUGCACAAAUUUCGGACGGAAAAAAGCGAUAGAUAAAGUAAAAUCUUGAGUGUUCAUUGAAGGCGCGUUUAAUAGCGAACAGCGUAGCUAUGAGUGAGUUAGUUUUAGAAUCUUCGGCAUGGGACGAUUUAGCGAAUAUCCCUGCCGAUCCUCCGAGGAUGAGGCCUCUUUGUGGAAAAUGCUGCCGCCCCAUACAAGUAUGCUGGUGUUCAGCGCUUCCCUCCCAACCGCUAAGUCCCGGUGGUCGCAUAGUACUUCUGCAGCAUCCCGCGGAAGAAAAACGAUCCCUACGAACCGCUCCCAUGCUUUCCGUCGGACUCGCCCCUGGCAAGUGUCUUAUUUACAAGGGCAAAAGAUUCCCCCGUCACGAUCAGGAGCUGGAGUCGAUUCUGGCCGACAAACGGUCGCUGCUGCUUUACCCCAGCGCCCGCUCUAUUCCGAUCGAACAGAUCGAUCCUAGCGAAGGUCCGUACAAUUUGAUACUGAUCGAUGGCACAUGGCCACAGGCGAAAGCUAUCUAUCACAGCUCAACCGCACUGCACGGGAUGCGCCAGGUGAAGCUCGUCUCGUCCGGCACCAGCAGCUACAUCAUUCGCACCCAACCGACGGAAGGUUGUCUCAGCACGCUCGAGACGGCCAUCGAAGCACUCAGCGUGCUCGAACGGGAUGAUCGCUAUCGGGAACAGUUGCUGCAACCGCUGCACGUGCUGUGCCAAUUUCAGCUCGCAAACGGUGCAGUUACGCAUCAGUCGAAGGAGUUUCUCAUCCGCCAUAAUCAGUACCCGAAGCUGAUCGGCCGACGAUUGAACCGGUUGCUGAAGCAGGCGGAAAACUUCAAGGACCCGGACCCCACGGAACCUACGGAAAGCAAUGCUUCGUAGCGUAGCGAACGACACCGGGGACGGUUUUUUACUUUUUCGUUAUUUUAUUAUACCACUUUAUAUUGUACUGAUUUCGUAACAUAAAAUAGAGCAUAGCUUUAUUAUGUGUUUUAUA